CACAAACUAACGCUCACGAUGUUAACCUUACAUUUGUAAAGCGAGUAACUCACAAUGGCAGCUUCUGCGAUGUCUAAUGACGCGAGUAUGCUUCAUUAUGGCAGCAGUCAUCAUGAAUGCCAAUGGUAUCAAACAUUGAGAAAGACGCCGUUGGAAAUUCGCCCACCGGAAUAAAUAACAGAAUGAAGUAAAUCUGCGAGUUAGUUUAAUAGAGGUGUAGAUUUGCCCAAUGGAUGCCCAAUCAUUAGAUCACGUUUAUUCACGCUGCUAAUUUAUACCUUUUCGAUUCGUAUAAACAACACGUUACAGUAGUAAUAUCAUAUAUGAAUGGUACGUCAAUACACAUACUGAGACCUUCGUGUAAAACACACUGCAUUUCAAAGGGCCGACAAAAUAAUGCUUCGGGUCUUAGUUAAUCUUUUUUUAUUGCUAAAAUUACAAGCGAAAAAAAGCAAUAUUGAAUAGAACAAAAAAUUUAAUUUUGCAUUUUCAUUAAAUUUUCAUAAAAUUAAAAUUUUAAAAAUAAAGAUAUUAUUUCGUAUUACUAAACCGGUUUUAAUUAUAGAGUACUUCGUUAAGAUCAACGUUUGCGAAUGGAUCAACUGUUUAGUUGUAUGCCAAAAAAAAUUGCAAAUUAAAGGUAAUUGUCUAAAUUUACGAUUCAAAUGCAGGGUGUCAUUUCAGGAUUUUGACAAGGAUUUACAUUUUCAUCAAACGACCACAUAUGCGUAUAAUCCCGAUUACCAUGACACAUAUCGACGAAUCGUCUCUUAGAUAAUCAAGGAACCCUUGUGCUAUCUUGCCCUUUCCAAAAUGGUGCCCGACAUCUUUCUAGCUUAAACACGUAAUAGGGUUAUAUAAACACAGUAAAAACAUUUUUCAAGUAAACUAUACGCAGUCGAUUUGUCUAUCAGGCGCUUACAUGAUUAUUUCGAUAUGUAUUACAGGUUUUUACAAGCAACCCAUCUAUAGCCAGAAAGUCGAAUACACAGAAAAACAUAUGUGGCCAUAGCGGAUGAAAUAAGAAUUCGAUCUUAUAAUUUCAAUGAAUUAAUUUAUGACAAUUAAGGCUCAAGAUUCUAUACUCACUCGGACAAUACGCUUUCGACGCAUUCGACGGUUCGAACAGGUAUCUCUCGAAUCAAAUUAGACAAAAACAAAUACUGUACCACCUCUUCGGGACUCCAUUCAGCGAUAUGGUGUGACUACAACGGAUACGAUUGACAGGUCGACGCUAAAAGAAGGAGGCGAUUUCGUUCAUAAUUCCAUUUUCAUAGACCGACGUUGAAGAGUCUAUUAGGCAGGGAACUUGAUAGAAGGCGUACGUAAUGAGUACUAUAAGCGUUGAACGUGUUAAGGUGCUAGUCCUCGGAGAUUCCGGCGUGGGCAAGUCGUCAGUCGUCCAGCUGAUCUGCUCUGGAAGGCCCGCCGCGAGAUCACUCGCAUCGACCAUUGGAUGCAACGUUGAGGUAAAGCUACAUGAAUAUCGACAAGGAACCGACCAACAACGAACGUUUUUUGUCGAAUUUUGGGAGAUCGGAGGCAACACGGGCCACGCCAAUGCUCGACGAGUCUUCUAUAAUUCCGUCCAUGGCAUCGUCCUAGUUCACGAUUUAACCAAUAGUAAAAGUCACGAUCACUUGAAAAUGUGGCUGGCGGAUGCUGUUACGCGGCGUUCAGGAGGUGAAUUUGAUGCUGAAAUGUUUGCCGACCUACAGGUGCCUGUUUUAGUCGUUGGCACAAAACUGUCACGGGCAAGGGUACAGCAUCGGCGAGGCACCCACAUCGCAGACCUUUGCGGCGCCGAACAAAUUUUCGUCGAUUCAACGGGAGAUGGAGAGCAUAGCUCCAGUCUUGCUCCCGGCUCCUCCAAUGCUGUUAAGCUAUCACGCUUUUUUGACAAGGUGAUCGAGAAGCAGUAUUACAGUUCAAAAAACGUGUUGAGCCCCCAGCCACCGUCGGCGUUUGGCGACCGUAGACGGCCUGCGAAUUCACCGCGCUUUUUACAGCAUGUCGACUAACGCCCCAUUGAAUGAACCCCUUUGCUUCUAGGUCUCGGCCUGUUACCUCGUCAGAAUCGCACGCUUUGUCAUCGUUUACAUAUAUGAAGACCGCCAAAAGUGGAUGUUGAAGACGAUUUCGCUGUUUCGAAGCCGUAAGAUGAGGCGACUCGUAAAGGUCGACGGCGAUGGUGAAUACAGCCGGCAAUAUUUUUGCAGUAAUUUGAACGACGAUACGAAGGGGAAUGAACGACGCGACGGCAUUUAGAUAUGAUUCAGCACCCCAAAUGUUCUACGGGAUAUAAAUACUACACGAUUUGUGCAAAUAAAGAACAAUAUUUAUGUAGAGUGUAGGGGUCACAACGUGCAUUCUCCAUAGAAUAUACAGUUCUGACUUGCUUUGUCACAGGGCCAAAGCCAAAAAAAACUAUAGGAUAGGCUGGCCACACUUUUACGCGCGUUGGAAGUUGAGACUCUUCGCAUAUAAUUCAGUACUUGUUGAGGGCAAUCAUACGAGAGUUUUUCUGAGCCCUCUUAAUACCAUCAGAUUAAAUUGUUCUGUAGUAAUGUCUUUUGCUCUAAAUUUAUCCAUAUAUAUGGACGGCCAGCUAUUGAACGUUUCAGUGGUCUGAUUUAGUCAGCAUUAUGUUCGCGAGCGAAAAUGCAACGAGAUAACAU